AAGAGAUUUCCACAGUUUGAAGAAAGAACAUACAGCGAACGGUUCUGCUGUCAGAAUCUUUAAUAAAGAACAAGGCGUUGCGUUUAUUCGAACAAAUAUGAAAUGUUCUUCAUUACGGAUCCUGAAAGUGAGAGUGAAAAUAAAAGAAAUUUACGAGGGGCUUUUUCUGACACAGAAGAUUACUUGGAUCAUGGACUUGUGUCUUCUGCAAGAUGUGCAAGCAGAACAUCUUCCAUAGGUUCCUGGUCUGAGUGUUUAAAGCCGUCUUUUACUCAAAAAUUAACUUUUCGAUCUGUUUUAGAAGGUGAACCAGCAGUUUUUCGCUGCAAGUUAGUAGCCUGUCCUAUACCAAAUGUUUCUUGGUUUCACAACAACAAACCAAUUUAUAAAGAUUCUCGUCGAUUGAUUAAAACAGAUAGUGACAUGCACAUUCAUAAUUGUAGUUUGUUAAUUAAAAGUGUAGAGGAUAGGGAUUCUGGAAGUUAUCGCAUAUUCGCUAUCAAUAGUGAAGGUUCUGCAGAAUGUACUGCUUCCUUGCUUGUUGCACUGAGAGAAGAACAGAACCCCAAGUAUUUAGAUUUUGUUAGAUAUUCAGAGAAAACUCAUGAAAGCAUUGAUUCUCUUGUUCAGAAAAGAAGGGAAAGUCGAUUAAAGGUUGAUCUUAAAUGUGUUGGUUCUCCUUUUGAUAAACGACGGGAGACUAAAAUGCUCCAUGGCCGAUACCCUAAAAAGGGUUUAGUUAAGACAAUAAGUUUUGAAAAACUCAAUUCUCUUGAUUCUUGUGAGAGAAGACAUGCUAAGAGGCAGGAUUUAGGUGAUAAAGUUUUGGACAAGGAAAUACAAAGAAAAUUAAAUCUUCUUCGGGAAAUACGAAAAUCAAGGAGGGGAAGUAGGACACUUUCCCAGACAUCUUCUGAUGCAUAUUCUGAUGUUGACCUUGAAUCUUUUCUAAGUGAUGCUAGUUCUACAACAUUCCCCCUGGAGAAAGCAAGGUCUACUUUGACGGAAACUUCAAAUAUUGGCAUGCUAAGAUCUCCUGAAAUUGCAGACAUAAAAGAAAUCCAUAGCUCUUGUUUCCAUGAAGAAACUUUGGGAGACCAUUUUCUAAAUUCAUCAAUACCCCAAAAGAAGCCAAAUGAAAUUAAAAUACUUAUCUCAGAUAACACUGAUGUAGCUGGAAGAGGUGGUUUUCCUGAUUACAUGAAAAUGCCUAAAAAUGAGAAAAAAGAUGGCUUAUUGAACAUUCAAAGAAAAUCAGAGUUCAAUGCAGACUGGAUUGGAGGUAGAGUAUUAUCUCUCACUGAUGAAGAAUAUGAGAAACACCAAGAGAGAACACUUGAUCUUUCCCCAGAUAUUAAAGAACCUCUUAGAUCAAACAUACAGCUAAAGCUUACAGAAACCAGCUUAGACAGUUUAAGUGUGUGUGAAGGAAAUAAACAACAGAUUACAGUAACAGGCAGUGAAGCUCCUGUGAAUUUUCAUUUUGAAAUACAUACACAAGAAAUGGAAGAUCAAAAGACAAAUGAAUGUAUACGUUUGGACACUGAAUAUGAAUCAAAGGUCAGAACAAAUACUUCCAAAGCAGAACAACUUGAGGGAGAAAUAUCUGUUAAAGAAUUCAGUCCAUUAAACAAAUUCUUUAACUUAAAUACCCAACAAAAAAAUUAUCAUUUAGAAGGCAUCUCACCAUAUAUAAAGGAAGAAAACUUUUCUGUGGCUGAUAGGGAAGUAUACCGUGUUCCCCAUGAAGUGUGGAUGAAACAAGAUGACAAAACGGAGGAUGAGACCCAUUUUCAUAUUCUGAAAGAGCCAAAAGUUGCUGAAAUAGACACCUUUAACAAUAGACCAUUAAAAAACAUAAAGACCCACACAGAAAAAGAGGAUGCAAAGAUGCACAUUCAAAGAAAAGAUCCAAUUAGAUCUUGUUUCACAACAGACACUCCUGAUGUAAGUGUCUAUUUGUCAAAACAUCAUGAGAAAGUUGACGAAAUUAAUAAGCAUGAAAAAGCUUCAUCUAGUGAAAAAGAAGUGACAAAAAAGAUUUAUAGCAAGUUUCAAAUUCAGAAGGAAGAAAUCAAAUUUAAAGAGGUGGCAGUAGAAUCAGCAAAACUAAUUUCAUUUGAUGAACCUUCUGACUCUAGAAACUUUCAGAAACUAUGUGGAUCUGAUAUUAUGGUAACAUCUGAACCAAGAAUGAAAGAAGAAGAGAGUAUAAGUGAGUUUGACAAAGCCAUGUUUUUUGAUGAGGGUAAGCAAAAAGAAAUCAUAGAGAAGAGAAAUAAUGCUAUGCAAUUUUAUAUUCAAGAUCAAAUACAGCUUGAGGAAAAAGAUUCACCCUUUGGAGCUUCAUUCAAUACCCUAUAUGAUUCCCUAGAAAAAGAGGUGGAAAUAGAAUCGGCAAAAGUAAUUUCAUUUGAUGAACCUACUGACACAAUAAAGUUUCAGGAACUAUGUGGAUCUGAUUUAAUUGUAACAUCAAAACCAAGAAUAAAGGAAGUAGAGAGUAAAAGUGAGGUUGGUAAAGUCAUAUUUUUUGAUGAGGGUAUGCAAAAAGAUACCAUAGAGAAGGGAAAUAAUGCCCUGCAAUUUGAUAUUCAAGAUGAAAUACAACUUGAGGAAAAAGAUUCACUCUUUAGAGCCUCAUUCAAUACCAUAUAUGAUUCCUUAGAAAAAGAGGUGGAAAUAGAAUCUGCAGAAGUAAUUUCAUUUGAUGAACCUAAUGGCACAACAAACUUCCAGGAACUAUGUGGAUCUGAUUUAAUCGUAACAUCUGAACCAAGAAUAAAGGAAGAAGAGAGUAUAUGUGAGAUUGACAAAGUUAUGCUUUUUGAUAAUUGUAUGCAAAAAGAUAUUACAGAGAAGGGAAAUAAUGCCAUGCAAUCUGAUAUUCAAACAUUUGAAACAGGAAAAGAUUCAUCCAUUAGACCUUCAUUCGAUACCAUAUAUGAUUCAUUCGAAAAAGAGGUGGAAUUAGAAUUGCCAACAUUAAAGGAAACUGAAAUUUCAACUGUUACUAAUUUUACAAUGGAAACUGCAACCAAAACUGAUAACUAUAUAAGUAAAAAACCUUUUACAGCAUCAUCUAAACCCUGUGCACCUAUGUUUACAUCUGACCUUGACUCACAAGAAGCAAUUGAAGGUGAAAGAUGCUCCUUCAUUUGUAAUUUUCAAGGUUAUCCACAGCCAACUGUCUCCUGGUAUAAUAAUGACAUAUCAAUACCUCGAAAUAAAGAGUAUGUCAUUACAACAACAGAAACAAGCUCAAUGUUAAUAUUUACUUGUGUCCAUGCUCACCAUCAAGGAUCCAUAACAUGUGUAAUAUUUAAUCAGUAUGGAACAGACACAACAUUUUGUUAUCUAAAAGUCAAAACAAAAGAAAAUGAAAGCUGGGAUGAGGCUGAAACUUUAAUUAAAUGUGAGGUACUUAUAACUAAACAAUUAACAGAAGGUGACGAGGAAGAGCUUGUAUCCUUAAUGGAGACUAAUAAAGAAAAGCAGAGGUUUGAUCAUGAUAUAGAUAGGUUUAGCUUGCAAGUCCCACAGGCCAGCUAUGAUAUACCUUGUACAUUAGAAGAUCCAUCCACAUUUCCAGUUGAAAUUAAAAUAACAGCACCAACUCCUGUUCCGGAUUAUGAGGAAGAAUUAAAAGAAAGUUUUCAGAAAGUUGAAAGUUUUACAGAACCUGCAUCUAUAGAUAAUAUAGCUCAAAAGACGAAGCAUAAGUUUAAAUUUUCUUUUGAUGUUUCUAUAGAAGCACCAAAGUUAAUAAGAGGAGUUGAAAAGCAAACAAAAUGCAAAGAAGGGGAUUGUGCUUUUUUAGAAUGUGUCAUAUCAGGGGACCCAGACACUUUGAUCUCCUGGAAUUACAACAAUAGUGAACUGAAGAAAUCUGAUAAAUUCAACAUACAAGAAACAAAUGGAACAUACAAACUUUAUAUCAAGGAUGUCAGUAUAUUGGACAGUGGGCACUAUAAAUGUGUUGCAACAAAUAAAGCUGGAACAAUUGAAAGUGAGUCUGAACUAAUAGUUAAUGAUGCAGUAGAAUGUUAUAAAUUUCAACAAGUGGAAAUUACAGAAGAUAUGAAACCUGAUAAGAAAAUAAUGAAGACGGAAAUAACAGAAGAUGAUAAUGAAACUAACGAACUGGAAUCUUCUAUCUGUCAAAACACCAAUAUCGAUAUUGAGAAAGUGGAUAAUAACCAAGGCUUUCAACCUUUGAGCAAUGUAAUUCAAGAUGAUUUUAAAAAACCUAUGCCUGAUAUGGCACAAAUGAAAGCUGAAACAAACAUUAAUUUAUUUAAAGAGGCGCAGAGUUCAGAAAAAUCUAUGUCUAAAGUUCAACAUACUAGUGGAAUACCAGCAAAACUCAAAGAACAAGAAACAGAAAUCAAUAAUAUUAAAUACUGUCCAAAUAUGCAAGGUACUGAAUCCACUGAAACAAACAAGCAAUUACCAGCAAUACCAAAAAGAAGACACUCUUUCAUUAAAACACAAUCUACAACUGGUAAUGACAACAAACCAUUGGAAGAGAAAGGUAUAGAAACUGUUGCUGGUGAAAGAAUAGAGUUGCCAGUAGCACCGAGAAGGCGGCGAUCCGUGGUAAAAUCUAAAUCUGAAACACAGCCUGAGAUCAAAGCAAUGGCAGAGGGCUUUAUAAAGGUUACUGACAAAGGGCAAAAUCUGGAAAAUAAAAAUGAGGACACAAAAAAAGAACCACCCACAGUGCCAAAAAGGAGGCGAUCUAUAGUAAAAGCUAAAUCUGGCAUAGACACUGAAAUUGUACAAAAGAAAGAUGAAAUUGAUGGCUUAGUAAAAGGUUCUGGUAUUGGGGUGCAACCUGGUUAUGGAAGUGAACCACUGAGUACAAGGCAUCUAUCUGACUUUGAAGAUGCAGAUUCUAAGUUUAGAGCUUUAGAUAAAGAGAACAUAUCAAAAGAAAAAGGAAUACCAGUAACAGAGUAUGCAGAACAGAGUAUUUCCAAACUUCUUGAUCAAGGUGGAAAUGAUCUUUUAGAUGACAAGUUAAAGUUGAAUGAACUGGUUAAAAAGGAUGUCAAACAAGAAGGACAAGAUGGCAGAUCAAAAAGUGAUACUCAUACACAAGAGAUAGCCCUAAAUGUCUCUGAUAAUGAAAAUGCUUUGGGAUAUCUUGAACCACCUCCUGAGGGCAUUGACACAGAGCAAAGAGACCUUCUAACAGAAUACCUAGUAAGUGCAGGAGAACAUGAAGUUUUAUUACCGCAAGAGACCAAAAGCACUUCAGAGAAACAAAAAGGACAAAUAACUGAACUAGAAGUUGAAGAUGUGACUUUCAGUGCCUAUUAUGAUUUUUACAAGACUCAGUCAUUAAUUGACCGUUCAUUGUCUCCAGAAUCAGAAAUGUCAAUUGCUGCUUGCUCCUCUAGUGAUGAAGUUUUAGAUCAAGAUCACUUUUAUACACCUCUUCCUUCAGUUGAAAUAUUUCAGUCUCCUUUAAGUGGUUCAUUUGUUACUCCAGCCAGUUCUCCUGAACAAUAUUUUACACCAGUUGAACACACAUUCUAUCCUAAUGAUGGAGAUGGGCUGAAAAAUUCUGAAUUUGCAGUAACAAAAAGUAUAGAUAUAUCAUGCCUUCCUGGAUCCUCAAAAACUGAAGACAACAUAAGGUCUCAUAAUCCUGGAGGAGAAACAAAUGAAAUAGGAAUGCCUCCUGCAUUUAUUAAGCCACUUCCUAAAAGGUGUAUUUAUGAAAAUUAUACACUAAGCUUUGCUGUGGAAGUAGUUGGAGUUCCCUUACCAGACAUACAAUGGUACAGGAAUUCAUCAUUGCUUGACAACUCAGACAGAAUUAAAAUAUCAACGGAAGGUCAUUGCUACAUAUUUGAAAUUAACAAUGUUCAAUUAAGUGAAGGAGGAGAAUAUUCAUGCAUUGCCUCAAAUACACUAGGAGUGGCAAGAACUACUACCCUGGUUGAUAUUUUACCUCAUGAUGGCAGAUCAGUUGCAUUACCACCACCAGUGACACACCAGCAUGUUAUGGAAUUCGAUAUGGAACCACUUCAUACUUCACGAUCACCUUCCCCUCAAGAAAUUCUUUUAGAAGUUGAGCUAGAUGAAAGUGAAGUCAAAGAUUUUGAGAAGCAGGUGAAGAUCAUAACAAUACCUGAAUUUUCACCUGAUAAUAAGAGCAUGGUUAUUUCUCUUGAUGUUCUUCCUUUGGUAUAUGAUGAGCAACUGUCAUCCAUAUUCACAAGAGAUAAUGAAGAGGUUAAAAUUAAUUUUGAAGUCCCAGAGAAGCCACCAUACUUUGUACAACCACCGAGGGAUUUGCAUGUUGCAGAAAAGUCAGAUGCAGAAUUUAAAUGUUCAGUUAUGGGACUUCCAAAACCAUCUGUGACAUGGUUUAGAGAAUAUACAAAGAUUUCUCCAGAUACAACAAAGUAUCUUAUUAAGGAGGAUGGCAUUAAUCAGAGUCUUCUAAUCCACAGUGUUAGCAUGUCUGAUGUUGGGUUUUAUACAUGCAAUGCAGCAAAUCAUUUUGGAGAUGUAACAUGUAAAGCUAUGCUAAAUGUUACGAACUUGGAUUCAAUCACAGAAAAAGAGGAAGUGGCAGAAUUGGCAAACAUAUCAUUGGAAGGUGCAACAAGCAUACCUUGUAAUUAUGAUUUAGUUGUUGACAACACUGCUCAAGAUGCCAAUCAAACAGAAAUACAACUUGAAUUUGAAUUUGAGGGCAAUGGUAAUGAUGCUAACAAGGCUCUAGAACUUGUGGCCAUAACCAACAAUGAACGUGAUGAGGGUGGAAAGAAAUGUAUAGAUGUAAACUUUGAUGUUUUUGCUAAGCCUUCUUUGGAGAAAGACAUACAAUUCAAAUCUAAGGGCUCUGAUAGUUGCUGUUUCGAAUUUCAGAUUACAGAGUCACCCCCAAAGUUUGAAAAAGUGCUUUCUGGUUUAGAUAUUCAACCAGGAGCAACAGCGUGUUUUAAUUGUUUAGUUAAUGGAUCUCCAGUUCCAAAUGUUUCCUGGUAUAGGAAUAACAUAUUACUUCUUGGUGAUAGGUACAUUACUGAAGAAAAAAACCCAGGGUUUCACCAUCUUGAGAUCAGCAAUGUUAUCCUUAGUGAUGAGGGUCAGUACAAGUGUGUAGCAUCAAAUAAAGAGGGAACUGCAGAAACAAGUGCAUUUUUAAAAGUGAUACCAAUUUCAUAAAUAGUUUGCUUGAUUAUGCUAAACCCUUCUGAGUUGAUAAUACCUUCAAUGCCACUUUAAUUUUUCUUUAUGUCUAUGUAGUUUGUCUUUACUCAGUCUGUUCCUAGUCAAAUCAUGUUUUAUUUUACUUUAUGCUAUAAAAAUAAAAUGUAUAGCUUAAAUGCUAAAUGCUAAAAUUAUGACAUGUGUUAAAUAAUUCUAAAUCAAUAAUAGAAUAUACCUAUGUACUGUAUGAACCAUCUUGUUGAUGUUUAAUAAGAUAACAGUAUAUUAUUUAUACUUAAUCCAUAAACACACAUUUUGGGAGUCAUUUAUUAAAGUCCAAAUGCCAAAAACUCCAAAAAAUUUUGUUUUUUUUACUAUAGAAUCUGAAUUUUUAGUGGAAAACAAACUAAAUUUUUUUGGAAUUUAUUAAACCCAGAGGGUGUUGAAAGUCAGAAUAAAAGAGUACUCCAACUCAGACCUGCCGAGUUUAUAUAGAAGUCAAUGGGAGAAGUCCCAAAGAUAUCUUGAUCUGCGCAGGGUUUCAUGCAAUAAUCUGUAGAUUUUGGUUGGAGUAGCUUUGGGAAAAUAAUUAGAUAUUUUGGAUUUUGAUAAAUAAUCUAUAUUAAAUGUAAUAUUCAAGAAUCUGAAAAUUGUUUAAAACUAUAAUAUGAAAUGCUGAAGUAAAGCCUAACAAUGGAGGCACAAUAUGGAAAAGCAAACCUAAUUGUUCUUAAUCAACGCAUUCUAAAUGACAAGGCAUAGCUCCAUAAUAUUGCCAUGUGUAAGGUUUCCUUAUUGCUCCCUAAUUUAUUAAGAACUUUUAUGUUUCAUAGAUCAAACAAAUUUAAAAUCAACAGCUUGCGUUUGUAAUGUUUUCUACAUUUUACUUUAGAGAACUUCAAGGUUGAUUUUGUUUUUUUUAUGUAAGUGUAUCCCUUCAUAGAUUUCUUUUAGAUUAUUGGUAGAAAUGAAGGUUGCCUAUUAUUUACAAAAUAAAAUAAAAAGCAAAUACAA